UGUCAGGUUUUACAGAUCAGCAAGUGAUGAGUUCAGACCCCGGCCUUGACAAGUCGCUCAGGUUGUGUCGUUUACCUUUUAACCCUUCACCUGCUCAGGUGUGUUCCGUCUCAGUGUGUUCUGUUUUAUCUCAUUCUGGAUAAACACAUCACCCACAUUAAUUCGUGUAAAGGUUUUCAGUUUUAAAGCACCAACAAGGCAACCUAGAUGAACUCAACCUGCGGAAUUGAUUUAUACAAUCUGGCAACCCGGACAGUACCCUUCACUCGUGCAGCUGUUCAUCCUUCACUCCUGUAACUCCGCUCUCUAUCUUCUGUUUUUUUACUUAUUUCACCUCCACCGCCGUGACGGGCUUCAGGAUUUCAUUCCCGACGGAAUUCAGGAUUAUUUUACCACAUCAACACUCCGGUGUGUGUGUGCGCGUGCGUGUGUGUGUGUGUGCGUGCGUGCGUGCGUGUGUGACAGUUGAAGUUUUUCUGAUAAAAGUGUGUGACAUCAGAGCCGCAGCUCGGGAUCUGAUGAGGAGGAGAGGACAAUCAGCUCCACUUUAAACCCCCUGUUAAUAAAAGUUUGCCCCGGCGCGCGCGGCUUUGGGCAAGAGAUGAGUUCGGUGUGGAAGAGACUGCAGAGGGUCGGGAAGAAAGCCACCAGGUUCCAGUUUGUGGCUUCUUAUCAGGAGCUCACAGUGGAGUGCACAAAGAAAUGGCAGCCUGAUAAACUACGUGUGGUGUGGACCAGGAGAAACAGACGCAUCUGCUCAAAGCUUCACAGCUGGAUGCCAGGGAUUAAAAACCCAUACAGAGGCACGGUGGUGUGGCCCGUCCCCGAGAACGUCGACAUCACUGUCACACUCUUUAAGGAUCCUCAUGCCGAUGAGUUUGAGGACAAAGACUGGACCUUUGUCAUUGAAAAUGAAACAUUGAAGGGUCAGCGUAAGGUUUUGGCUUCAGUGGACGUGAACCUGAAGAAGUUUGCGAGUGCGACAGUGACUCAGACAGACCUCACACUGGAGCUGAAGCCGUUAUCGGUAAAGGUGAUUGAAGCCACACUGAAGCUCUCGCUGUCCUGCGUAUUCCUCAAAGAGGGAAAAGCCACAGAUGAGGACAUGCAGAGUGUAGCGAGUCUGAUGAGUGUGAAGCCAACAGAUGUUGGGAACCUGGAUGACUUUAAUGAGAGUGAUGAAGAGGCGGAUAAAACACCUAAAGUGUCAGGAGUAGUUGUUCCCUCACACUCGGUCCUGGUCUCUGUCUCUAACCCGACACUGCAGUCUCGUCCUCCUUUACCUGCUUCCUCCAUUCCAUCUCUCCACCCAUCACACUCUUCCUCUGCCCACCAGGCGAUUCCGCCCAUCACACACUCACACUCACACACACCCUCGCAAACACACACACACUCACACACACAUACACCAGGUCUGUCUCCUCCAGCACUGCCCAAAAUCUUCCAGCCUUCACCUGGAUCAGCUCCUGCAGCCUUCACCAGGAGAUUUUCUGCUACAGAUGACAACAACAUGACCCCCGCUGUGACCUCUGACCUGCUACAGCUACACCCCUUUGAUGCCGUUUCCAGUAAACCUGCAGUUCCUGCUUUUAGCCCAACUCUUGCUGCCUCUGACACCCAGACAGAUGCUCCUCAGGUUUCUGUCUUCAAAACCAAACUUGUACAGAACCCCGUCUCAGUGUCUCCUGUCCCCCUCUGCUCACCUCCUUCUUCGUCUCUGUCUCUCUCUCACACUCUCAGACCGGGUUCCCGUUCAGCAUCAGCUCCUUCUGUCUCGUCUCCUCCUUCACGUCCGUCCUGUUUGGAGAAGUGGAGCUCGGCCGGUCCUGACCCCGUGACCCCUGUGCCUUUGCUCAUCAGCCCUGAUCUCGAUGCCUUCUGUGAACCUGUUUCUGCCCCUGCUGUUUUCUCAGACCCCUCUCUUACCCCCCAGUCUGCCCCAGUGACCCCUCCACACCUGGACCAUGCCCUAAAAUCUGCCCCGUCACCUCACUCUUCAACUCCUGCUUCCAUUUUUGCUUAUUCUUCUGCUUCUUCUACUCUUUCCUCUCGUUCUCCUCUCUCUGUCGCUCUUCAGCCUCCUGCUUCGCUCUCAGACUCUUCACAGGCCGAGGCUAACCGCAGCGAGGCUAACCGCAGCGAGGCUAACAGCAGCGAGGCUUACUCUCAGUCCGUUCCUGCACAAUACGUUGAUAAACAGAGUCUGGGGUCAGAGCUAAAAGCAGGAAAGUCUGCUGAACUUCCUGUAUCGGAGGAUGUGGUGGACAUCGAGACUGUCCCUCCUCCAUGGCCUUUCUCCAUAUCUGGAUCCGUGUCUCUGUCUGUGUCCUCCGUCCCAGAGAGACAAUCGGGAGGCGUGAGUGGGGCGGAGCGUCCGCCUCUCGCAGAAGAGGAGCCUGACUUUAAAGAUGAGGAUUUUAACACUGUGUGUGUGACGUCUCGAGAUGUGGAGAAGAAAGUUCUACUGACUACAGACGAACCCACUGAGACACAGUCUGAUAAAGAUGCUCCUGUCCCAACCCUGGUCCCGCUCUUCAUCAAAGAGGAUGAUGCGGAGUCGUCCAAACAGACAGAACCAAAGGAGGAACCUGUGAGUCAAACUGAUCUGAACCGGUCUGAUGAGGACAAAGUGACGAUUACAGACACCAUCAUCUCCUCACUACUGAGGGGCGAGCAUGAGGACCAGAAGAAACCUGAGCAAGAGAACAGUACUGUGAGGAACAGCAGCUUAAAUCACAUCUCUACAAAUCAAAUCAAAAUCAGCACUGACUCCCAAAUCACAGAGCCUGAAACACACACCACUGAAGACACACACACUGAUACACACUCUCCAGAUACACACACGACAGAAGCAAUCAUCACAGACGCACACACUCCCGAUCCCCCCAGUGGUCAGAGUGAGACCCCUCUAUGGGCAGCGUUAGAGAGGGCGAGGGAUCAGAGAGACGAGUUGGAUGUCAGAGAGGAGACACGUGAAGACAGAGUCAGUAACGUGGAGGCUUCCACACGAGUGAAGGCAGAAACAACAGGUGGACAUAAAACCUCGGAGCACACUGGUGAUAUGCAGACGUUCCUCCUGGGACGAUUAGAGACACCCGAGUACACACCAAAACCUGUGAUUAUUGAGGAGAUGCUGAAAUCUGUAACAUCUCUGAUACCAUCAACAUCUCCGACAGCUUCACCACCUUCAGUAGCAUUAGAACCUCUGUUAGCUCUUGAUGACACAACGCUAAAGAUGAACAACAAUGAGAGAACAGAUACAGAUUCAGACAUCACUACUGAGGGUCCACCGUGGGCCAGUUUGGAGAAAAAGGGAAGAGGGAAAUGGAAUGAGGGAAUAAGUCAUGGUGAAACAGAGACAAAACAGGCUAAUCUGGAUGGACGACAUUUUGGAUGGGUGGCUGAAAGCAAGAAGCAAAAGGAAGUGGAAAAUUCUCAAAACCAACAAGAUUUUAAUGUUAGAGUUGAAGAUUUCAGCGCAGAGUCAAGGAAGGAGACGAUGGAAAAGACUGAUGAAGAUGAAUCGAGUGGGAAAGUUCAGAAACCAGAUAAUGGAAAUAAACUGUCAGUGGAAGAAGCAUCACCUGCUGAGGAUCAGGAAGAGACGUGUUCAGAGACUUCAGGCCUCGUGAAAGGGAUAAUUGGUGUUUUGUAUAAAGGUUAUGAGACGGUGACGUCCAUGUUGAUGCAACCCAUUCCUACAGAAACCAACAAGCCUGAAGACACAGAAUCUGGAAACCAAGAGUUUGAAAUCCUUCCACCUGAGGCAUUUUGUGAUACAAACCUAAUCAAAGCUACAAAGGAAACUACAGAGGAACAUUACAAAGAUCCAAUGAUUAAAGAAGGCAUUUCCACUCAGAUUUCUUGUAAGGAAGCGAGUCGUGUGACAUCUGGUUCUGAGCCUUCAGGACGGAGCCUAGUGGAUUGCUUGAGAUUGGCUGCCUCAGAGGUAGAAAGAGAGGCAGAGUCUCUAAAAAUCCAACCAGAAGCUGAAACAAGCAACAGUAAAAGAACAGUACGCAAGGUGAAGAUCAGCAAAGAGUCCGCAAGUGUAGGAGGCCAACCCUGGAAAAAGGAACAGAAACCUAAAGCAAGUGAGAAAUCAGAACCCAGUAUCGAGAAGUCCAGAAAGCCAUCUCCAACUCCAGUCUCUAAUACAAAUCCAGAUAAUAAUAAUAACAGACUUGGUCUUAACUCCACUGAGGAUGUUCCACUUUUAAAAGAGGUUGAUUUCGAUGACAUAGCAAUUGAAGAACAGAGCACUAAUGAAGAACCUGGAGAAAUUAAACUAGAUCUCCUGAAGAAGGAGACGUAUGCGAAUCCCAUGGUUUUGUGUGAAAGUGUAGAGGAGGAGCUGGAGUUUGAGACGGGGCAGGAGGACCUCGGGACAGUGUGGCUCGCUGAACUCUAUAUGGAUGGAGGACCGAAGGAAUCACCAGCGUCGAACGAGAUCAUCAACACGCAGCCUGUAGCAGUGUUACAGAAAUCUGGAGCUGAGAAAACAAAGCCUCCACAAGUUGCAAAAGACGCAAAACCUCCUGAAACCAAGCAGAACGGAGCUUCAGUGCAGGAAGUCGAGCGUAAUGUUCCCUCUGGUUCCAGAGCUAUUGUUCUACCACAGCACAACACAAACGAAGGAAGUGGAAGUAAGAAUGAGGAACAGAUGUGGGGAAGUUUGAUCCCUCCAUCAGAGCGCACUAACAAAGCCAUCACACAGGCUGAACUCGCUGUUCUUCAAACUAAGAAAGAACAUCUUUUUAUAGGAUCAGGAAAAGAUCAGCCAGAAAAAGACAAACAUAUACCAGAUCAUGACAAUAGCCCAUUAGGAACAUCUAAGGAUCAGACAAAUGAUGGCAGUAGAUCUUUAGAAAUAGCUGAAGAACUGGGAGAUAACAUCAAGAGAUCAUUAGAAGCAGAACUAGAACAGCCAGAUGAUGUAAAGGCUAAAGAUGAACCAGGUGAUGCUCAUACAUGUUUAGGAAAAGUUCAGACAGAUUAUGGCAAAAGAGCAAAAGAGCAAGAAAGCACCUGCAGAUCUUUAGGAACAGUGAACGAAGAGCUAGAUAAUGUUCAGAGACCUUCAGGAAUACCUAAGGAACAGCCAGACGGUGGCCAAAGGUCAUUAGGAACAGACAAAGAGCUCAAGCAAUCUUUAGGAGAUGUUAAAAAACAACAAGAUGAUGUUAACACCGUUCCAGCAGUAAAAGAUCAGCAAGAUGAUGACAGAGGAGUAGCUAAAAUACAGGUAGAUAAUGUUCAGAGACCUUUAGGAGCAGUGAUAGAACAGCCAGAUGAGGUCGAAGGAUUCACAACAUUGCCUAAGGAAAAGCUUGAUGUCACUAGAGCUUUAGAAACAGGAAAGGAAGAACCAGAUGAUAGCACAAGAGCAGCUACAGAUCUGCCAAAUGAUGUCAAUGUUAGAUCACUUAGCAUUUCUCCAGAAAGCUCAGCGGAACCAGAGCAUGUGCCUUCAACUCAACAUGAAAAAUCACCAGACUCUCCUACUGAAGCUACUGAAGAACCUUCUCCUGUGUCAGAAGAGAGCUUCCUGCUGGAGAAGAUUCGUCAAAUGGCAGAGGACAUUGAUACAUCAUCACAGUCUGUUCCUGCUCCUGUUCUGGUUCCUCGGCCCAGGAAACGUCUCAUCCCCUCCGAGUCUGACUUUGAUCUUCCACCAACACCUCCACUACAACACAAAGUCUACACUACAUCACCAGAACAUGCAGAUCAGAGUCAACUUCCUGUGACCUGUGAAGAACCCACUGCAGAUGCUGCUGAGCUUAACGCUGAUGGAACAGAGACGUUUAAAAGCCUGCAGGAGCAAGCCAUGCAGUUAGAGGAGGAGAGAAAAGAGACACAAAACUCAAAAUCUAACAAUGAAACUUUAGAAAAAGUUCCAGUGGACAGAGUCAGUGCAGAAGACGAGCUGGAUGAGGCUAGGAUAGAAACGCCGACCGCUGCUCCACUCCAGGACCAUCUGUGCGAGCUGCUGGGUGAAGAUUCAUCUCGUUCAGGAAUCUCGGGCUCCGUGUUCAAGGUGGAAAGUGAAAGUGCGCUUACAGAGAACGACAGCAGCACCUCUGCAUGUGAGGAGUCAGUGAAGACGCCGCUGGAUGUUAUGCCUCCCAGUACGAAGAAGAACAUCCCUCCACCAGUCAAUCUACAGGAAGUCAGACACGACACGCCCACACAUAUGCAGGUGGUUUCUCCCCUCCCGAGCCCCGGCCUGGUGAGCAGCAGUCAGUCAUUGCUGCAGUGGUGUCAGGAAGUAACGCAGGACUACAGAGGUGUGAAGGUGACCAACUUCAACACGUCCUGGAGAAACGGCCUGGCCUUCUGUGCCAUCCUGCACCACUUCCACCCAGAAAAGAUUGACUUUGAUAGCCUGGAGCCUCAAGAUAUAAAGCUGAAUAACAAGAGAGCUUUUGAUGGAUUCUCAGAGUUGGGGAUCUCACGCCUGUUGGACCCUUCUGAUCUAGUUCUGCUGUCGGUUCCAGAUCGGCUCAUGGUGAUGACGUACCUGAGUCAGAUCCGAUCGCACUUCUCAGGUCAGGACCUCAGUGUGUUGCAGUUAGAGAGGAACAGCAGCGAGUCCAGCUAUACUGUCUCCCAGCCAGACCAAACCAACGGCACAGACAAUCAGGGGAGAGAGGGACCAACCAGCGGGACUCUGAUCCCCCCGCCUCGGACCAAACGGCCAGUAAUGGGGGAUGACAUGAAGACGGAUGGAGGCGUGCAGACUCCAGUAGCACCACCACGGCACAGACAGCAGGAGGAUAAAGAAGAGAGUGAGCAGGCGAGUAAAGAUGAAGAGAAAAAUCCAGCAGCAGACGGGAACACGACACAAGCUGAGUCUUCCAAACCUGCAAAUGAUGAGCUGACGUGUCUGCAGGAUACCAGUCAGUAUGUGGUGAGUGAGAUGAAAGCUCUGGAGCUUGAGCAGACACACAUCGACACCCGAGCAGCGGUGGUGGAGCGCAGACUGAGACGCUUCAUGGAGACAGGUAGUGAUAAGGAGCAGGAGGAGAAGCUUAUACAGGAGUGGUUCACACUGGUCAAUAAGAAGAACGCUCUGAUCAGGAGACAGGACUACCUGGAGAGUCUGCAGGAGGAACAGGACUUAGAGAGGAGGUUUGAGCUCCUGACCCGAGAGCUCAGAGCCUUGAUGGGUGUCGAAGACUGGCAAAAGAGUGAAGCUCAUCAGCACCGUGAAGCACUCCUCCUGCAGGAACUUGUCUCUCUGGUCAAUCAGCGUGAUGAGUUAGUCAGAGACAUGGAUGCCAAAGAGAGAGGGGCGCUAGAGGAGGAUGCUCGGCUUGAACGGGGUUUAGAGCUCCGACGCAUAAAAUACAGCAACAAGGAGAAGUGUGUGCUGCAGUAGUGUAGCACACACUUGCAAAUGCAAAUGCACCGUGUCCUAACACAGUCUCAGAUGUGUGUGUGUGUGUGUGUGUGUGAGAGGGGAAGUGUGUAUCAGAGCUGCUGGUUCAUCACAGUACAGCAGCACCUCUCCAACUGCACUGUAUCAGAGCACAGCAAUGCAUUCUGGGUAAUUCAGUCCACACUGAUGUCCACUCAAUCCCUCAUUUUACCCACUUUAGAUAAGAGAGAAACUCUUAUUGGUCGAGGGGACUUGGUUAAGGGGAAGUGGACGAGGGGGACUUGUUAAACACAGACAAGUGGAAUUGUGGGAUAGGAAGACCUUAAGGAGUGCCUCUGUGUGUAAUCACAGGUCCGACAUCACUGACAACAUCAUCCUCAUCAUGUUUUUAUAAUAAAGAGCUGCACUUUAACGUGGCAUUUCUUCAUAAAAGAAAAGGUGAAGAGUGAUUCCAGCUGGUGUUCAACUGUUACAGCACAAAUAAAGUACAAAUACAACAUAAAUAUGAUGUUCCUAAAAUGGCUGAGUAAUUGGGGUAAAUAUUUAACACUUUAUCAAUUUUUUAUUAAACGUGUUUCCAAUGCCAGUCAUUCGCAAAUUUUACCCAGACUUUAGUAUUAAUAAAAAAUGCACAGCUAAAGAAACUGUAAUGUUUCAGUCCAUAAAGACGUUAUGUGAACUGUAGCGGAUUGACAGGAUAGACGUGUUGAACACUAACUGAAAUGUAUUGAACACUUGACGGAGAGGCUUUUCUUAGCUUCAGGAUGCUUCCAUUAAGCUCUCUUAGUGUUCUGUGGGAUUUUUGGUUCAUUCGUCUUCCUCUUCUGGUCGUUGUCCUGCUUGAAGCUCCAUCAGUGUCUCAUCCUCAUCAUCCUGGUGAAUGGCAACUGAUUCUCCUCAAGAAUCUUCUGAUACAUGGUUCCCUCAUCUUCUCUUUGAUAAUUGGGACUCAGCCCCACUAAUGGUAUUUUAGGGUCACAUGCAGAGCCACUUCUCCGAAGAACAUGGUGUGUCGUAUUGUUGCAGAGAAAUUUGAUUGUAGUCUCGUCUGAUUGCACCACUAAUUGCUUUUCUUCAGUAGUGAUGAUAUCUGGGGUGAUGGUGAAUGGAGGCUGUGGAGCUGGAGUGUUUUUUGUAUUCUCUCUGAUGAUGGUACCUACUGCUGCUUGCAACUCUUUCCGCAGCUCUUUUCGAGAGUCAGGCUUGGUUCUUGGGGUUCUGGAUGGCCUGCUCAGAAAUGUGCUGAGGAGCUCCUCACUGUAGCUGCUUGAUGGUUGAGAGUAAUAAUAACCUCAGAGGUGCUUAUAGGAACAUUAUGAGAUGAGAGAUCCAUCAGUAAGCAGUGCCUUUGCUACACUGCUCAACAUUAUAGUAGUGAAGCUCCUGGGAGAAAACAUUAGGAGAUGUCUGAAUAAUUUCCUCUUGUAUUCAGAGGCAAGUUUCUUUUUUUCACAGAACUGAAGGACUAACUGUCCAAUGUGCACUAACCUGACUUAUUCUGAUGAGCACAAGUAGGACAACUAUUGGUUGGAGUAUGAUCAUAUUUUGGAGUUAAUACUAAUGUUUGUUCUACAUUUCAUGUGAAUAGCUGCAUUGGAAAACAAUUGAUCAUGUGUUAAAUACUUAUUUACCCCACUGUAUCAAUCAUCGUCAUCAUCAGCACCAUCAUCAUUUUUGUUAUUGUUGUUAUUUUAGUCAUUAUCACACUGCUGCUGAAAUUAAUUUUGAUGAAUAAUUCUUCUUUACUCUGCUCUUAUUUUGGUUUCCUUUUUCUUCUUCUUAGAUUUGUGUGAUUUUAUGAGUGUGAGAAACGUCCCCUUCACUGGACAGAACUUUUUGUUCUGUCCUGCAGUUUGUGUUAAAGUUGAUUAAUGUUAAUGAUUUUAUUUUAAAUCUUUAUAAAUCUCUGAGUGUAUUGACGGAUGCUGUGUUAUUAAAGCUGUGCCUUUAAAGGUUUGAUACAUUUUUUUUUGCCAAACACUGUUUUACUGUGUUGUGAAUUUAUUUAUUUUUGUGUUUUGUGGUGAUUUGCCUGAAUCGUUUCUAUGUGACCGUCUGUAUACCUUUCAUCUAAAGGUUAGGAACGGAAAUUGAUUUAGUAAUGACAAGGUAUAUCAGAGUUUUCUGUAAAAUAAUGCUGUUUUUCUAGAAACAAAAAAAGUAUAAUAAAUUCUAUCCUUUGUUUUACCUUGAUAUAAAAGUUUAAAAUGAUGUUUAUACAGUAUUAAAGUUUUUAUUUAUCAGGUGAUGCUGAGAGUAAACCUUGACUGGUUACUGUAAUGACUGUAAUGAUGAACACGAAAGUGAAUCACAUGGCAGUUUGGCGUGUUCAUCAUGUUUUAAUUAAUUAAUAAAGUUUGAUCCUGCUUCAGUA